AUGAAAACCUUCAUCACAAUUCAAGGUGUGCUGGACACAGGCACGCUAGUAAGGGGCUCGCGCAUGCGCUGGUCAUUAGCAGCACACGACAUUUGCUUCACGAACGCGUUACACGCUGCAUUUUUCGCGCUAGGAAAAUGUGUACCCGUUGUACGCGGCGCUGGAGUGCACCAGCCUGCUAUGGACUUCUGUGUUGAGCGGCUCUGCAGUGGUGAUUGGGUCCAUAUAUUCCCCGAAGGAAGGGUUAAUGUAGAAAAAGAGCAUAUUCGUUUCAAAUGGGGAGUUGGUCGACUCAUAAGCGAGAGCGCCGCGCGUGGUCGCCCGCCGUUAGUUCUACCAGUCUGGCAUGAAGGGAUGGAUCACGUACUUCCCAAUACAGAGCCAUAUCGACUGCGUGCACGCAACCACGUCUAUCUCUGCGUUGGUGAGCCCAUUGCUCUCCAUCCACUGCUUGACAGACUUAAAAGCACGAACGCGAGCGAGGAAGAAACACGGCGAGUAAUAACAGAACGAAUACAAGAGGAGUUGUGGCGUCUUCGCGACAAAGCGCAUGCGCUCGUCAGACGAGCAACGGGUCGGUUAUUAGAGGAGACAACCGCCAUUCCCAAUGGGAAACAACACAAUACACCAACACCAGAACCCACGCCCAAGGAGUGUCUCGAAAAGGAGAAGGAACUGUAA